AUGUCAUCGUCAUCAACACUAACUGCCUCCCUUCUCCACUUGCAACAAAAAACAGCAACAACAUCCUCCUCCACUUCUUCUUCACAUCAUUGUCAACCAGUUGCAAACACUCGUGAACCACCAAAUCCAACACUUGCGUCAUGCACAAGUAACAAUUUUGGUCAAGAUAAUAAUAACAAUUUCCAACAACAACAGAUUGUCUCAGAGCAGCAUCAGUUUUUCAUUCAUUCGUGCGAACCACUCAUUGACCUACAACGAGAACCACAACAAACACAACAUUCUAACAAUACCAACAACGACAUCAACAACAACAUGAUUGUACAUGAUCGUCCAACCAUGUCCAUCUCAACCAAUAAUUAUACAAACGAAUUUCAUCAAGAAGAAAAGAACGGUUUUCCAAAUAUUUCCUACAACUCGGGCUCGGAUGUCAUAAAUCUCAACGACCAUGGUAAUACAAGUAGUAGUCAUAGCCACACACUCAUUGCAGCAACCUCAUCAUCAACAACUCCAUCAAAUUCACUUUCCUUCUUUGAAUUUUUGAACGAUGAUUCUUCUUCCGUGACGACUUCGAGUAGCCUUUCACCGUCGUCCAACAACACCGAUGGCAGCAAUCAAAACCAUUCCGUUCCAGCAGUAGCAGCCCACACCCAACAGCAGCCACAGCACUCAUCUCCUAGGACUCCGAGCACACCUUCCAGUUCUCGACCCAAAUCUCUUUCCAUUCUUUCCUCAUCAUCGACCACUACUACUUCAUUCAACGGUUCUUCAUCAUCUACAGCAGCAACGAAUAUGAUGGACCCCAUAGGAAACGGUCAUUCCCUCCAUCACGAAAAAAAUGUAGAUAAGAGAAGAAGCUUGAAGAGACUGGCGAAUCAUUCCUCUUCUACAUCGUCCUUAUUUUCUUCUAGGGAAAAUACACCACCACCACCAUCUUCUCAGCAGCAACAUCAUUCUCAACAAUUUCAUUAUUCGCCUCAUAAUAUUCAUUAUUCAUCCAUGUAUAGUCAUCAACAAUCGCCAAAUGCAGGGCAAUUUCCUCCCGUUGUUUCACUUCCCUUAACAAGGGACUAUCCAUUUCGAGCGAAUAGUUCAACAUCGCCCACAAGUUCUUCUGUAAUGAAUAUUAGAGUUUAUUCACCUCCCGAGACGAGGGCGAGAAAUACGAAGGCGAAAUGA